GAGAGGGCAAUCUCCCAGAAUGAGUGCUCUUGUCGUGUCCUGGGAUGUACUGGUUUGGAAGGGCUCUGACAACACACAAAAAAUGGGUAUUCCUUGGACAAUCUAUCUCUACGGCAUUGCGCCUUGUAGCGGAGGUCUCGCAUUCGGCUAUGAUACCGGUUCAAUGAGCGGCAUUCUAGUCAUGCCCCAAUUCCUUACUUACAUGAAUUAUCCCAGUAACUUCCUCCAAGGCGGAAUUACAGCUUCUAUUCAAGCCGGCGCAUUUGCCGGUUCCCUGUUAACAGGAGCUUUCCUCGCUGAUAAAAUUGGCCGAAAGAAGACUUUAUUACUCGGAUCAGCUAUAUUCACUAUUGGGAUUAUUAUUUCCACUGUUGCGAAUGAUGUUACUGCUUUGGUUGCGGGGCGUGUUAUUAAUGGUAUAGGAAAUGGAUGUUUAGCGAUGAUGGUGCCGAACUAUCAGAGCGAAAUCUCGCCGAGAGAAAUCCGAGGUCGAAUAAUCUCCGUUCAGCAAUGUUUCAUCAACUUUGGCAUCCUAAUCGCAUUCUGGAUUCAAUACGGCACCAGUCACAUCGACGGUCAGGCUGCAUGGAGGCUUCCUAUCGGUCUGCAAAUGAUCCCCACAAUCAUGUUACACGUCACAAUGUACUUUAUGCCUGAAUCACCUCGCUGGCUUGUUCAGCAGGAUCGGCAGCAGGAAGCAUUGCAGGUGUUGGCGCGAUUGCACUCUAAAGGGGACACGAAUGAUGCAUAUGUACGGGCAGAAUUGACGGAAAUUAUUGCAAAGUUGCAGUGGGAGAAGAGUAAUCCACCAACAACUUAUUUUUCUAUGCUAUUUGGUGUGGAGGCGCGGCGGACAUGGCUGGCUAUUGGUCUAAGUUUGAGGAGCCAACUAAAUAUGAUCAGUAUCAUGUACUACGCAGUCUUCCUCUUCCAACAAGCUGGACUCGGCGAGACUUCUGCUUCGCUACUCGCCAAUGGCCUCCAGGGUGUCAUUCUGAAUAUCUUCACGUUACCAAACAUGUACUACAUGGACAAAUGGGGCCGAAGACGUCCCAUGAUUAUCGGCGGAAUUGGAAUGGGAAUAGCCAUGAUGCUGAUAGGUGUCAUAAUGAAAACCAAAGGUGACCCAAUCUACGACCCCUUAACUAAAAAGACCAAUUUCAGCUUUGCGGACCACAACGCAUCAAACGCCACUGUUGCUUUUGUGUACAUCUAUGUGAUGAUGUUUGCUUUGACGUGGGCUUGCGUGGCGUGGGUUUACCCUCCUGAAUUGUUCAGUAUGAAUAUGCGUGGACGAGGGACGUCGCUUUCAUCGGCUACGAAUUGGUUUGUGAACUUUUGGUUUGCAUUGUAUAUCCCAACUGCCAUGAAUAAGAUAUCAUGGAAACUAUACCUAAUAUUCAUGGCUCUCUGCUUUCUAAUGGCCAUUGUCGUCUACCUCUUCUACCCUGAAUCCGCUGGCAAAACCCUCGAAGAAAUGGACUUCCUAUUCACACCAGAUCGUACACCAUGGGUUCUUUUCGACCAUUCCGCGACCAAAAUCGGUGCAAUUUUUGAGCGUGACAUGGCUCAUGGCGAAGCGCUUACUGCCUUUAGUGAGUCUGGUAAAGGGGCGAAAGUGGAAGAUUUGGAGCAUGGGGAGCAUGUCGAGAGUACCUGAUCCUUGGAGCUUGCUGUUCUAUCCUUAUAAAGGACUUAAUUGACAAGAUAUAUCUUCGUUGGCGAUUGAGGAUGAUGGGACCUGGGGGAUGCUUGAGAUGAACACCCGUAGAUAAUUUGAUAACCUCGGCUAUCAAAUUUCAGAGUCAA